UCUAACCCUCUGCCGUCCCCCGCACCGGCGACGAGGGGGCGGGGUCCGACGGCGCGCUGGGAAAGGCGGGCGAGCUGGCGCCCAGGUAUGUUCUUCCACAAGGGCCGGGCGGCGGAGGAGGCGGACAAGAAGAUGCCACUGUCGCCGCCACCUCGGGGCGACCACGCGGAGUCCGGUCCGUCCAGGACCCCCAAGAAGCACACCCCUUUCCAUAUCUGGCGCUCCAAGAAGAAGCAGCAGCCUCCGCCGUCGGACUGUGGGGUGUUCGUUCCACACCCGCCCCCGGCGCCUCUCUGCGAAGCCAGAGCUUUGGAGGUAGUGGACGGAGGCCAUGUGGCUCCAGAGUGCCAGAGAGUUGCAUUGCACCGUGGAGAAUCCCAGUUCCUUCACAUCACCAGUGAGGUGCCUGGUCCUUUACCUAUGGAACCUGGAAUGUUUAAAAAGUCCAGAGCACAACCACCAGAAGAAAACAAAAGGAAGCCGGUUUUGGGGAAACUUGGCAACCUGUUCACGCCAGGAAGGAGAAGGACCAGCAGAAACGGGUUAGAGAGUCCCACCAGCUCCAGUGCCAAAUCAGUGUCUCCCAAAGAUGUGGCCUCUUCCAAAUCCCCAGAAAGAGAGAAUGAGAAGAGUAAACCUCUGGGCAACCAACCAAAGCAAACUGACACGUGUGAGGAGGGUUCCCCGCAGGAGAAGCCCCAGGGGUCGGAGGAGCACCCGGAGACCUGUGUACAGGUGGACCCCCCUGACGCCAAGCUGUCACCUUGCACGAGCAGCCAGGCAGCGGCGGCGGCUGGGCAGCAGUGCCAUGAACGUGAUUCACUCCAAUUAGAACCUCUGGAGGCAGAGGGAGAGUCUUUCCCAGGUGCCACCACCGCUGCCAAGCAGCUGCAUUCCUCACCAGAGAAUUCCUCCAGGCAAGAGAACGCAGAGACGCUGGCCCGCAGCCCGGGGGAGGACGCUUCACCGGGCACUGGCUUCCAGCAGGAGACAGCCCAGGGUGCGAGGAGUGUGCCGGGGUCGCCCACCAGGGAGAGUUCCGGGGCUGGACUAAGGGCGGCCACCGACACAGCCCCCCGUGUGUGUGCCGGGGCAGUCCGUGUGGGGCCCCAAGACACGCGCAGCCGCUCCCCCGAGGACGCGGCCGCUCCUCCAGGUGACCCACCGGCGGAGGGCGAGGGGAACCGCGCUGGCUCAGCGCAGGCAGACAGCAAAGCCGGGACCCAAGGACAACAUUGCCGGCCUGGCGAGCGCACCCAUCCCGCCACAGUGUUAACUUUGGACAUCUACUUGAGCAAGACUGAAGUGGCACAGGUGGACGAGCCGGUUGCGAUUACUCCGGGGGCAGAAGAUUUCGGCGAUUCCGACGACAUGGAGAAGAGGUCCGGCGGCCGCAGGUCGGGCAGGCGGAGAAGGUCGCAGAAAUCCACCGACUCCCCCGGGCCCGACACGGCGCCGCCCGACAGCGCGGGCAGGGACGACGCGGUGUUCGACUACGAGGUGGCGCCAAACGCGGCCACCGAGAACGGCUCCGCGGAAAAGAAAGUGAAAUCUCCGCGGGCGGCCCCCGACGGGGGCGUUGCCUCCGCUGCGAGCGCGGAGUCCAAGCCCAGCCCCGGUUCCAGAGGGCAGCUCCGCGGGGAGUCGGAGCGCGGCAAGCAGCCGCCUCAGGCCUCGUCUCCCACCAAGAGGAGGGGCAAGAGCCGGGUCUCCGAGGCCGCGCCCACCUCGCCUGCAGGCGGCCCUCGGGCUCCCGCCAAGGAGUCCCCCCCCAAGAGGGCGCCGGCGCCCGGCCCGGCCGCCAAGGGUGCCGCGGGGGACAACGGGGAGGAGGCGGCCCGUGUCAUCCCCCGCGAGCUCACGGUCAAGAGCAGCUCGCUGCUGCCGGAGAUCAAACCCGAGCACAAGAGGGGCCUGCUCCCCAACCACUUCGACGGCCGGGGAGAAGCAAGUCGAAGCAAAGAGCUGGGCAGGUCGGCCGGUGGUUCUGACGCCGAGAGCUUGAAGCCCAGGAACCAUUUCGGUGUGGGCAGGUCGACGGUGACCACUAAAGUGACCCUCCCUGCCAAGCCCAAACAUGUGGAACUAAAUCUUAAAACCCCUAAGAAUCCUGACGGCUUGGGAAAUGAGCAUAAUCCAUUUAGCCAGCCAGUUCAUAAAGGAAACACUGCCAACAAAAUCUCCUUGUUUGAAAACAAACGGGCAAACAGUAGUCCAAGACAUGCUGACAUUCGAGGCACAAGGAACACUCCUGCCUCUAAUAAAACAUUUGUCGGGAGGGCGAAGCUGAACUUAGCCAAAAAAGCCAAGGAAAUGGAGCAAUCCGAAAAGAAAGUAAUGCCAAGUAGUCACCAGAAUGGUAUGCGGGUGAAGGAAACCUCUGCAGAAUCCAAAGUUACUGAAGAGGAGAUUGUACCAGCAGCCGGGAGCCCCCAUGCAGGAGGAUCGGAAGGCGAGCCCACCGAGGGUCAAGCUCUUGGUUGUCCGCUUACCCAAGGUGAUAGAGCAGAUGUGCAAACAGAUGCUGGCUGCCCUUCCGAAGCAGUGGUUACUGCUCUGAUUCCUGUUAAGGACCACAAGCUUUUAGGAGAGGAUGACUCAAAGCCUGCAGACAGCAAAAGACUUGUACUCAAAAAUAUGACUGAUCCAGCAGAAGACAUUCCCGCCCUUCUUGAUACCAAAGAGUCCCCUCCAACAGCCGGACCAAAGCCCCAGGAUAUGUUUUCUGACUCACAGCCCCCAGAUGAGUCAUCUAACGGGCCUUCUCUUUCACAGCCUGCACCCAAAGACACAUGUGUUGAAGCUCCCACGAGCAAUUUUCCAUGCACUGAUCUAAAAGUGUCAGAAAACCAUAAUGGAUGUGUUCUGCCCGUGUCACAAAAGAAUGAUGAGAACGUGCCCCCCUCCAAACUUGCAGGAGAAGGAGGAGAAGCAAGCCCUCCUUUGUCCACAGAGCACAGCCCGGGAUCCGUGGGCACCGAGGGUCCGUCCAAGGUCCUUGUCCAGGUCCGAUCCUUCAUGCUCCCCGUGGAGAACACCCAGGAUGUAGGCCCGCAGGUCCUCUCAGAGAUCUCUGCAGUUAGAGAAGCACAGUUGCCAAGUUGUCACAACGAUGAACUUGAAGUGGUUUCUGUUGCAAGCUGUGCUCCCCAGAAAGAGGAAGUUCUGGGCAACGAGAGCACAUCACCCAGACACACUCACUGCAAAGAGGAACACGCAGCGAAAUCUGGCCCACAAGUUAUGCCGCCAGAACCAGAGAAAACUCUGCCUAUCCAGGCUCAAAGUCAGGGCGACAGAAGAGCCCCGAAGACUGAAUCCAGCCCCGUCAGCUCCUCCGGUGACCGAAAUCCUUCAGAACCUCCUCAAAGUCCACAUCGGAAUGUUGUGAAUGGCCAGGACAGCCCUGCCAGUCUUUUGAACAUUUCUGCUGGUAGCGAUGAUAGUGUAUUUGAUUCUUCUUCCGAUAUGGAAAAAUUCACUGAAAUUAUCAAAAAGAUGGACAGCACGGUCUGUGUGCCUCAGAAGAAAAAGAAGUCCAGGGUGCCAAACUCUCCUGCCCCUCACUUUGUCAUGCCUCCUAUUCACGAGGACAAUUUGGAAAAGGUGUUAGAUCCCAACGUGUUUACCUUUGGUUUGGGGAAGAAAAGGGAAAACCAGCCAGAAAUGUCACCGGCCUUACAGCUGAUGCAGAACCUUGACACAAAAUCCAAACUGAGGCCCAAACGUACAUCCACCGAGCAGAGUAUUCUCUUCAAGUCCUUGUACGCUCACACUAAUGGGAAAGACGAACCUCUGCUGGCUCCAGAAACAAAUGACAAAGAGAACAAAGAGAUUACAAAUGGGGGUGUUAAGAGAUCUAGGCUAGAAAAAAGUGCACUCUUCUCAAGUAUGUUAUCUUCUUUACCACACGACAAAAUCUUUUCUCCCUCUGUCACAUCAGUCAGUACUAUGACCACAUCUUUCGGUGCUUCUCAGAACAGUUCUCUUUCUCGGUCUUUGCCGUUGCAGCCCGGGGCCGAGGGUGCCCCGCCCUGCGGUUCAGACAAAGAACAGCCAAACCUUCCAGCCAACAGCGUAAAGGUCUUCAGCUUCAACACCACAAAUCCGUCUCCUUUGGGUUUGAAAAGUCCAGGCUACAUGGAGAAAUACCUGCCAAAAGAGGAAGCCAACGAAGAUCUGGGCUCACGAAGCAAUCCACACUUCCCAGAAAUGAAAUUUUCUGAAUUUUCUAAACUGAAGAACAGCGAUGAUCUGGAAAAAGCUAAUCAUGCCGAAAGUGUUCUUAAGUCAAACUUGCCAAACUAUGGAAAUAGCGACACAGACUUGAUGGGUCUUUUCAAAUCUGGCCGGUUUGACCCAAGCGUGUCUUUUUCUGCAAUGUCAUUAUCAGAUCCAACCACACUUAGAGGAAGUGUUCCUAAUAAAAUCAACCCCCGGCCUGGAAAGGUAGUGAUCUACAGGGACCCAGAUGUCUCUGAGGAGUGCAUUGAAGUUUUCGGUGACAUUGAGGAUUGUAGCUCUUGGAGCCUCUCUCCGGUGGUAAUCGUCAAGGUCGUCAGAGGAUGUUGGAUUUUGUAUGAGAAACCAAAUUUUGAAGGGCACUCCAUUCCCUUAGAAGAAGGAGAAUUGGAACUCUCUCGUCUCUGGUGUAUAGAAGAUACUUUGGAAGGAAACGAGGAGGCAGAGUCUGCUAAGCCUGUGGUGAUUGGUUCACUCAGACAUGUAGUCCAGGAUUACAGAGUUAGUCAGAUUGACUUAUUUACUGAACCAGAAGGGUUAGGACUCCUAAAUUCCUACUUUGAUGACACUGAAGAGAUGCAGGGGUUCGGUAUCAUGCAGAAGACUUGUUCCAUUAAAGUACACUGGGGCACGUGGCUGAUUUAUGAAGACCCUGGAUUUCAGGGUGUGCCUUUUAUCCUGGAACCUGGCGAGUACCCUGACUUAUCCUUCUGGGAUACAGAAGAAGCAUACAUUGGAUCCAUGCGGCCUCUGAAAAUGGGUGGACGUAAAGUCGAAUUCCCUACAGAUCCAAAGGUAGUAAUUUAUGAAAAGCCUUUCUUUGAAGGAAAAUGUAUGGAACUAGAAACCGAGAUGUGCAGGUUUAUGGCGGAAGCAGGUGAAACAGAAGGAACAACCGAUGACAGUUUGCCAUUUAUGUCAGUGGGGUCAAUGAAGGUUCUGAGAGGAAUUUGGGUUGCUUAUGAGAAGCCUGGAUUUACAGGUCAUCAGUAUUUGCUCGAAGAAGGAGAGUACAAGGACUGGAAAGAUUGGGGAGGUUACAAUGGAGAACUUCAGUCAUUACGACCUAUAUUAGGUGAUUUUUCAAAUGCUCACAUGAUCAUGUACAGUGAAAAAAACUUUGGAUCCAAAGGUUCCAGUAUUGACGUAUUAGGAAUUGUUGCUAACUUAAAGGAGACCGGAUAUGGAUUGAAGACCCAGUCUAUUAAUGUACUGAGUGGAGUAUGGGUAGCCUAUGAAAAUCCUGACUUCACAGGAGAACAAUAUAUAUUGGAUAAAGGUUUCUAUACCAGUUUUGAGGACUGGGGAGGCAAAAAUUGUAAGAUCUCUUCUGUUCAACCCAUAUAUUUGGAUUCUUUUACUGGCCCAAGGAGACGAAAUCAGAUUCAGUUGUUUUCAGAACCACAGUUUCAAGGUCGCAGUCUAGGUUUCGAAGAAACAACAAGUCAAAUUGAUGAUUCGUUUUCUACCAAGUCUUGCAGAGUUUUAGGAGGCAGCUGGGUUGCAUAUGAUGGAGAAAAUUUCUCUGGUAAUCAGUACGUGUUGGAAGAAGGCCACUACCCUUGUGUCUCCGCGAUGGGAUGCCUGCCUGAAGCAGCUUUCAAGUCUCUUCGUUUUAUAGAUGUUGAAUUUUCUGAACCAACAAUUAUUCUUUUUGAAAGAGAAGGCUUCAAAGGAAAAAAGAUCGAACUUAAUUCAGAAAUAGUUAAUCUCCGAUCCCUAGGAUUCAACACACAGAUUCGCUCUGUUCAGGUGAUUGGUGGCAUAUGGGUUACUUAUGAAUAUGGCAAUUACAGGGGUCGGCAGUUCCUACUGUCACCAGCAGAAGUCCCAAAUUGGUAUGAAUUCAGUGGCUGCCACCAAAUAGGUUCUCUACGACCUUUUGCUCAGAAACGAAUUUAUUUCAGACUUCGAAACAAAGCAACAGGGUUAUUCAUGUCCACCAAUGGAAACUUAGAGGAUCUGAAGCUUCUCAGAAUACAGGUCAUGGAAGAUGUUGGUGCUGAUGAUCAGAUUUGGAUUUACCAAGAAGGAUGCAUCAAAUGCAGGAUAGCAGAAGACUGCUGCCUGACAAUCGUGGGGAGCCUCGUGACCUCAGGCUCCAAACUGGGCCUGGCCCUUGACCAGAAUGUCGACAGUCAGUUCUGGAGCAUGAAGUCGGAUGGCAGAAUCUACAGCAAGUUGAAACCAAAUUUAGUUUUAGAUGUCAAAGGGGGUACACAGUAUGACCAAAAUCACAUCAUCCUCAACUCUGUCAGCAAAGAGAAGUUAACACAAGUCUGGGAAGCCAUGGUCCUAUAAACCUGAAUAAAGAAUGCAGGAGGAAUAUUUCUGGAGGUCUUCCAGCUACGUGUAAAAAAAAAACAAAAACAAAAAAAGUGACUGGUAACAGACAAGCCAAGAGGAAAGUGGACUUGCUCCUUCUUCAGUAACUCUAAAUCCACGCUUGAAUGACACUGCCAUGACCUGGACUAUGUCUCAUCUUUUCAAAAGACUAUGAGUUUUAAACCAAUAAUUUGUCCUUCUUUCAUUUCCUUUCUGCAGCUGCUUAAAAAAGGUUGCCUCAAUAGCAGCUUUUGGGUGUUUUUAGAAAAUGUUAUAUCAAGACUCUGUACAUUUUAAAUUAUUUCCAAAGAUAGUGACAGGAGAGAACAGAAACAGACUUGAAUAUACUUUGUGGGCCUACAAAUCUCUUACACUUCAAAGGGAAGGAUAAGGGGCACCUGGAUGGUUCUGUCGGUUGAGCAUCCAACUUCAGCUCAGGACAUGAUCUCAUGGUUCAUGAGCUGGAACCCCGCAUCGGGCUUGCUGCUGUCAGGACAGAGCCCACUUUGAUACUUUUUCUCCCAGACUCCACUGCUCACAUGCUCUCAAAAAAAACAAACAAAAAAACAAAACAAAAAAAAAACAUUAAAAAAAUUUUUUUAAAAAGUAAAGGGAAUGAGAGAAGCUCAAGUUUGUAAGGCAGAAGAUUGUUUAGCAUCGGAGAAGAAAUAUCAGGCCAAUAAUUUUGGCCCUACUGUUUUCUGUAAUCAAUUAUGCUCUAUAGCAAAGUGGGGAAAGGCUUAUAUGACACUCUAAGGAACUAAGUAAACAAAAUACUAUUUUCUUAGUACUAAAAGUUAAUAAAUUUAUAAGAUUUCUUGUCAGGUCUGCUAACAUUAGCAGGAUUUGGAUUAUUUUAACCCACUUGUGGGCUGGCCUAGAAUGUCACAAAUAAGUGGUGUUUAAUGCUUUUCUUACAGAUGCUACGGAACAGUGUUACCGUGACCUAAUUUACUAGCCUAUCCUCUCAUCUACGAUUAGUUCUGAAGUAAAUGUUAUAUAAUCCUUCGCUAAACUCAAGUCUUUAGCCUAAUUUCCUGCCUUCCUAUCCCGCUGCAUUGGCACAAGGCCUGCAUGGAGUGCGGCCACUGCCUUCUGGUAGCGGUAAAAAGAGGUGGAAGGUUCAAGAUGACGACCAGCAAUUCUCUCCAGAACGCGAACAAAAGGAGGCCUUAAGCAAGGCUGGUCAAAUUUUAGAACUCUGAAAACCCUAAAAUGCAGCAUCUCAAUGAAAAAUGAAAUAGUUUAACUGCUGACAAUACACGGACCCAUAGGUUCAAACAGUGUAUUCUCGUUUGAACAAAACUGCUAAACAUUCUUUGGAUAGACUCUUCCCCCUUUUGUCCAUAUUUCAUUAUCCUUGUUAAUAAUACUGGUGCUCUGGUCACAGGAAGAACAAAUCUCAUUUCCUUUUUAUCUGUUCCUGUGUUUCCACUUCCUAACCAUUGCUCCUGCCUGGAGGCAGUUGUGGUCAGUAGCUUAUCUUGGGUUUUAAAGGAACACCUGCACGUGUCCAACGGCUGCCAACAGGUCUUGUUCUUAGAUGAUGUGGAGCUCCGAUUUUAGGCCUCUGUGCGGAUCACUACAGUGUGCUGGGGUCAUGUUGCAGUAGCCUGUUUUGAAUUUAUCUCGAAUAAACUGGUUUCUGGUUAACUGUA